UGACGGUUCGCAAACAACGCAUCUACAGCGCACAUCAUUUGAAACGAUUGUGUUUCAGCUCAAAACGUCGUAAUUGGCAUAACAAUCCGAUACCUUCUAAUAUGAGUACCGAAACGAAUAAAACAACCACCUUGAAAGCAGUGAAGACCGGCAGAACCGCGCCAACGAAAACACCCCCUAACACUCAUCACGGAACCGAUUAUCAACUCAAGAUCACGCUCUGGAGUUUGCUGAUUGUAAAACUAAAUAAUUCCAACGGCAAGUACAGUAAUUGUUCAAUCACCGCCGAAGAUCCGCUGGGAGGCAAGUUCGACGAUACGGUGCUGCAAUUCCAAUUGCUAGACGGCAGCAACCAAUCGCUCUACAUUCAAGCUAAGCACAAACAUGAUACUAAAUACCGAAUUACUAGUGGUGAUCUGCUUUCAGCAUCGGAUAAAGCAUUUUCGAUCAAGAUGUACUUUGAAUCAUUUCGUGAAUUACAUAGCAAAGAGAAGACAAACGGUGCAUGGUUCGUGGUGUGCACCAACGCUGGCGUUUCGCAGGAAGUAACGAAGGUUUUGGAAAAUGUUGUGAAUUCAUCGACAGAUGAUAUCACUGCAAUUUUCAAUCGUGUUAAGGAUGCAAAAAUUUAUCGAUUUCAUAAAGAGAAGCUUCGUAAUAUUGAACCAUUUAAAAGCUUCUUUGCCAACUUGACGAUCGACAACGAUGUUCUCGAUCAAUUCUUUGGAAAAUUUCUAUUGAUAAGCAACAUGAAAGGAACCGAGAUCAACAACGAUGUCAUCAAGCUCUGGCGACACAUGGAGGUUCCAGGCAGUUCGUUAUUUACGCAACAGAUGGGAUUAAUUGAACAAGCGAUCGCUCUGGAUCAUUUAUCGAACGUUGCGUGGACAAUGACCAAAUUUUCGAAAACGAAAUCUGAAACUGACAUCGAGGACAUCUGCCAAACAAUCGUACGUAAUUUAUGUUUCCUACAGCUAAAAGGAGCCACUAGCGUCUUCUGCAAAAGCUUUGAAAAUAGUGAUGUUACAAUUAAAAGCGAAGCCUUGAAACAAUCGAAAACUUAUAGGGCAUGUUUGACGGGUGGAGUGCAUGAGUAUUGCGCAAUGCUUGACACAGAAGUGAGCUGCAACAUAAUUUUGCAAAUAGUGCAGUUGGUUGAGUGUGAAUACAUUUUCACCGAUUCUAAAACCUAUUUAGAGCUAGCAAGUGUCAUCAGGGAUAUGUUUUGCUUUCUGGAAUGCAAUUUGGUCUUAGUUAUUGUUUGCGAAAAUGAAAUCGAGACCAUUUCAAGAAGCGUCGAAGAGCUGUUUAAAGACAGUAAGCCAAGGUGUAGAAAAUCAGUUAUUCGCAUCACACCGAGCGAGCGAAAAAAUGAUGAGGAAGAAUUUCGCGUAUCCGAUCUCACCGAACAAGCAAAGCAGAGGAUAUUUGAGAGCUACUCGAACAUGAAGAUAUCUUACGCUCAGGUCUCAUUAGAAUAUCUGGUAAAUCAAGAAGAUAAUUUGGGAUUGGCAGUUCAAUUGAUCAAAACAGCACGGUCUGAACAAUCCAACACACAUCCGUGUAUAAAAAGUUUUGAGAAUAUCGAAUCACUUUACAUUCAUCGACGCUGUAAGAUAUCCUCAAUCAAUGAUCGUGACAAUAAUUCAUGGUCAGAAACGUGUUUCGAUGGGGCUAACUAUAAGCCAAAAAUGGUGAGUCAUUUUAAGGAACCUACUAGAUUCGACACACUAGCUGAAGAAAUGCGAUUAUACUUUUAUCCCAGUAAUACCUAUAAUCACAUCAUGCAGGAGGCUACUGAAAAAGUCUAUUCACCCCCUCCAGGCAUGGACAUGGACACUUCCGAUCGGGUGAUCAUAAUCUUGGAGGAAGCAGGAUUCGGGAAGACUACCUACAUGACUUGGGUGGCCUGGUACUACGUUGUCCAUCGACAGCGUAGCUGGGUUAUUCGGCUUAACGCGAUCGAAUAUUCAUUCGAUUUUAAGCAAAUCCUCGAAGAUCAUGGUCCAGUGUUAGAUAACAACAAGGUAGUAAGGAUACUUUUUCAGCUAAUAUAUUUGGCACUGUCUAUACCCAAUCUCACUAUAAAAACGCCACAGGAAACAGAUUCUGAGAAAAGGAAAGCGAAAAGAUGGGCCGAAUGUUUAACUUUGUCUGAGGGUAAAGUCGUGGUGGAUUUUGCCAGAGAUGCCUCCGUUGAACAACAAAUCGCGCUGAGAGUUUUUAAAGAGAAGUUCAACGAAGAGGAAAUAGUGCUGUUAUUCGAUGGAUUUGAUGAGAUCGUUCCGCACUACAAGGAUGUGGUAUUGAACCUCUUUUCACACCUUGCUCAGUUUGAAGGAAUCCAUAAACUGUACUUCACUAGUCGUCCGUACAACUUCAUAGAUGAACUGAAGGAUGCAUUUAAAGUCAAUAACAUCUAUAGAAUUGAACCUUUUUCGACCGAGAAUCAUUUUGAGUUUCUGCAUAAAUAUCUACAGUGCCACUUCAACAGUUACGGAGGGUGUGUAGGCAAUUAUCGCAUUUGCUUGUUGAAGAUAUUACUCAAAAUUCUUGAAACCAUUCUUGGCGAGAUGCGUCCUAUUCCAUUGUUCUUUAAAAUGGUGUUAGAUAUAGUUAAACCGCGGUUUAUGGAAACAAUCGACUUUAUAAACUAUACUAUUUCACCUACAUUAUUCCAAGAAUUGGAAACUAAGUAUGGUCGUUCACGAAUUCUAGAAGCAUUUGUGAAUCAAAAGUUGGCUAUUGCAAACGAAAAGAAGUUUGUAUCCCGUGAUAGUGGAACAGCCACAGCGCAUGCACAAUUGGAUGCGGCGGAACUGAAUGAAUUGAAAAGAAAUUAUCUUUCAUUACUAGCCAUUUAUACCAUAAUUCCUUCCGACUACCAGCUGUUGACGCGACGAGAGCAGCAACAGUGCGAACAGUAUCUGAAAAAAAUUGAACAUGGACGAGAAAAGUCCGGUAUCAUCGAGGGGGUUCAAGGUGGAGUACCACUUUGGAUACACCGAAUGUUUGCCGAAUACUUUACGGCGGACUGGCUAUUUGAAAACAGUGAUCGCUAUGAAGUGGUAUUGUAUUUAAAAUCAAAAUGCUAUUGGAAAUCAACCAACAAUCCCGUAAGAAAGAUAUUUGACGAGAUCGCUAUUCGAGACAACGAUGGCAACGACAGUCCAGUGCAUCUUGCAAUUAUUCGAAAUGAUGAAAUUAGAUUGAAGGACGCGCUGACAAAUAAUGGACAUCUGCAGACAGACGCAAUAGGACGGACACCAUUGCAUCUAGCCGUUCAGUACUUAGGAGAUAUAGGAAUCAGCAGAUAUGAAGAUUGUUUCUUCUACCUUGAAGAAAUGAAUAUUGCGCAGAAAUCUCUUAUCAUCGAUGCAAAAGACAAUCUCCUGCAUUGGAGCGCAUUGGAUUAUGCAUUUCGCAUCUACAACAGCACGGCAAUUAAGUAUCUACUAGAAAAUAAUGCCUCCAUAAAUGUCAUAGCGUUAUCGGAGCAAUUACAAGGACACGAUCCGAGCGAUUCCAGCGAGACACUUGCGCGUUAUGACAAGUAUGUGAUGGACUUCGCACAUGACAUCGACAACCAUAAGCCUCGAUCGCCUCAUAGUGCACAACAGAUUGAAAAUAUGCGUACGGUUUGUAAUAAUGUCAUUACUCACAUUAAAAACAAUCAUAGCGAAUGGUUUGAAGCAAACAUAACCAACAUACUGUUGACGUGUUUCGCAAGGGAUUCGGUAUUAUUGCUUAAUUUGCUGGCAUCUGAAACUGACUUUAUAACUACCCCUAAUGAAACCGAGGUUUAUGAAACCAUAGCCAAAGCAUCUCAGUACCCUUUCCAUAUUUUUGGUUUCCUUUAUCACGAACAUAAAAUUGAUAUUUCGGGACCCAUCGAUGAUGAUGCCGCUUACAAGCUGCUUAGGUACUGUCUCCUAAAUGGAUAUAAAAAAUGGUUUGCCUACUUCCUCAAUCUCUGCAGCUCCGUAUUAAACAACUCAGGUCGUAGGCGUUGGGACGCAUGUGAUUCGAACAUGGCUGAGCUACUGUUCGUUGUGAUAAAGUACGGUUCUACCAAGCUGCUUCAACAAUUAUUCAAUACAGUUUUAUUAGCCAUCGAUCCCUUGGUAGCAUAA